AUACCUGACUCGGUGGAUCUCGUCUUAAUAUCCCAAAAAGACUGCAAUAAACGAGGAUCUAGGGGAGCAGCAGAUUCUAAACCUUCUUCUUUCAUUAAAUUAAAGAACACAGUUUCUUGGCAUGGAAACUCUUUCAUAUGGUUCAGCACCAUGCUGUCAAGUCUUGAAUUCAAAGUGGAAAUCGGUUGAAAAGAGCUUGAAUUCACGUCAAUCAAGGUUUUCAUCUAUGGGAAAACAUGGAGUUUGUUAUAGCUAUACCAUUUCUGCAUGUGGGCCAGUGGGAAUUUAUGAUAUGGGUCAAUCUUUCCCGGGGAAACGGUGGCACCAAAGAGGUUGUAAGUCACAAAAUGCUCUUGAAGAAUCUAAAAGACUCAAUUUUAAGAUGCAUAGUGGUAGUUAUGAUGGUUAUGUGAUUGGUGAAGAGGAAGCAACAGAUGUUUCAGGGAUAGAGGAAUCUGCAACCAAGGUUCUAAUUCCAGGUUUGCCUGCUGAGUCAAAUGGUGAAUCUUGUGCUGCUCCAAUAAGUAGUUGCUUUUGGAGAUGGAAGCCAAAAUUCAAUGUACACUAUGAGAAGGCUGGGUGUGAAAACGUGGGUUCCCCACAUAUUCUAUUUCUUCCUGGUUUUGGUGUUGGUUCUUUCCAUUAUGAGAAGCAACUGAAGGAUUUGGGCCGUGACUUUAGAGUGUGGGCACUGGAUUUUCUAGGACAAGGAAUGUCUUUGCCUUUUGAAGAUCCUGCUCCUCUUUCCAAGGAAGCGAUUGCAUCAAAUGGGAAUAUUUCUUCAUGGGGUUUUGGAGAUGAAACUGAACCUUGGGCAACUAAGCUUGUAUAUUCUGUUGAUUUAUGGCAAGAACAAGUUCGCUACUUCAUAGAAGAGGUCAUUGGGGAACCAGUCUAUCUUGUGGGCAACUCACUAGGAGGAUAUGUUGCAUUGUAUUUUGCAGCAUGCAACCCUCAUUUAGUGAAAGGUGUCACAUUGCUUAAUGCUACACCUUUUUGGGGGUUUCUUCCUAAUGCAGUAAAAUAUCCAGGACUGGCCAAAAUAUUUCCAUGGGCUGGAACCUUCCCCCUACCUUCAAGUAUAAAGAGACUUACAGAGCUAUUGUGGGAGAAAAUUAGUGAUCCUAAAAGUAUUGCUCAGGUACUUAAUCAGGUUUAUGCAGAUCAUUCAACAAAUGUAGAUAAUGUUUUUUCACGCAUAGUUGAAACCACAAGGCAUCCUGCUGCUGCAGCAUCAUUUGCUUCAAUUAUGUUUGCUCCUCAAGGAGAAUUAUCCUUCAGUGAAACAUUAUCAAGAUGUCGAACAAACAACGUGCCAAUCUGCCUCAUGUACGGAAAAGAAGAUCCCUGGGUGAAGCCAGUUUGGGGAUUCAAGGUUAAAAGGCAGGUGCCUGAAGCUCCAUACUAUCAAAUCAGCCCUGCUGGUCACUGCCCUCAUGAUGAAGUCCCUGAAGUCAUAAAUUUCUUACUUCGUGGUUGGAUCAGAAACCUAGAGUCUCAGGGUUCCGUUUCAUUACCUCUGCUUGAAGACCUAGACAGUGUGAAGCACACAUUUGACAGGGAGUUAGAAUUUCCCAGAGAAGGUUCAAAAAAAUCAGUUAUGGUCAGAUUUUUCGUUUCAAGUUUCUCACUUUGGGACAGGAUAAGAUCUUACAUCAAAUCUCAAUCCAAGUUCAGUAAUUUGGCUGCCAAAUCUCAAUGACAUGAUGAAUUAUGCCAUCUUCAAAUAUAAAUCAACUUUGUAUACUGUCUUCUCUUUUUUUAUAGUUUGUACCACAGAAACCAUACAUAGUUGUUUUAGAAUCAGAAGUCAGUGUUGUAUAUAUGAACCAUUUCUUACCAAAAAGCAUGUCAAAUUAAUAUCUAUUUCAUUGGAGAAGUUAAAUGCCAUGCCAUAGAAACAU